GAAGGUUGGGUCUUAUGUUACUGACCCUACUACAAAUAGUUAUUUUGGUUUAAAUAAGGUCGUACGCCGAUAAAUAUUUAUUUCAUCGGGUCUGGUUUAAAAUUAAUCAAUAAUUUAUUGUCAUUUUACCCGAUCCGAACGUUACAAAAUAAAAUCCACAUCCAAUUUGGCUCGAAUGGACUCGAAUUGGUCAAUUAAUGAAGACAUAAGUUUAGAUCUUUAUUGAAGGCCAGACAGUUUUUUUUCAGGUUAGCCAUGACCCUACCAAUGGUGACCUGCCCAUUAUGCUGCCGUCCUGGCUUCAACACAUCUGAUUCCCUUUGUUCAGCUCUUUUAGAUGUCGCUUCUAGGAUGUUAUGCUGCCCUAUAUGCAGUCAAGUGAUUUCUGGCUUAGAUAAAUUCACCAUACACCUUUUUAGCCAUUCUGCAGUCCGCCAGGUGCAGAAAGCUGACAACAGCGCCGAUUUGGAAACAGCGGCUGAUAGAAAUUUAGUCGAAUUGGUGAAGGACGAUUCGGAACAGACGUCUUCUUCAAUAUUCUGCAUACGAUCUGAGAACAGUCAGUUGGUGUCUCUUAAAGCAAACGAUGCCCUCAACUUCAAAAAUGUUACGAUCAACGCUAGGAAUUUUAUAACGAACACAAACAUCUCUGAGUCGACGUUAGCGUCCAAGGAGACCAGUAAAAGAAAGUUCUCUGAGUUGUUUGACCAUGAUGAAACAGAUAAAAGUCCAGAUCAAAUGUUCUAUCGUUCUGGCGGAGAAUCGAUAAAUUCAUGGCCUUCCACACCGAGUGUUGCUUCAGUCCCUGACAAUGUUGUAAGCAAUAGUAACGAAAGAGAAUUUGAAUCUUGCAAGGAAUUAUUAACAAAAGGAGAUUUUUCAACCGGUGGAGAUUACGCUUUGGAGACAGGAUUAGAAGAAACAGGAGUAAACAAUGAACGCCCAAAAGAUGAAUUACAAAGUGAAAACAAUACAUUCACCUGCGAUACAUGUACUUACACAUUCCCGAACAAAACGAUUCUCGCUAUGCACAAACAGCUUGUACACAAAAAAGAAGAAAACGAUGGGAGCAAGAGAAAGAUGUUGGUUUGCCCUCACUGUCCAAGAACAUUUAGCCUACGAAGUAGUCUCAUGAUUCACAACAGAGUAGCGCAUGCAGGUGGUUUUAGUGGUGUUGAAAAUGGGCAGAAAAAACCUGAACAUUCAUGUAACAUAUGUGGAAAAUUUUUCAAGAAGCAAGUACAUCUAUUGCAACAUUUAAAAGUCCAUGAUGAGAAACAAUGGCAGUGUUCAAUCUGUUCAAAGAAAUUCACGACAAAGUAUUUCUUAAAAAAACACAGGAGGCUACACACAGGUGAAAUGCCGUACACUUGCCAGAUCUGCAACAAGUCGUUUACAUUCCAGCAGUCGUACCACAAACACCUGCUGUAUCAUACGAACGACAAGCCUUAUUGCUGUUCCAAGUGCGGAAGGCUUUUCAAAGAGUUGUCUACGCUCCAUAACCACGAAAGGAUACAUAGCGGAGAGAAGCCGUUUACAUGCGAAACAUGCGGUAAAGCUUUUAGGCAAAGAGUGUCAUAUUUAGUACACAGAAGAAUUCAUACUGGUGUAAUGCCGUACAAAUGUACAGCAUGUAAUAAAUGUUUUAGAUAUAAGAUAAGCCAAAGGACUCAUAAAUGUAUGGCAGAACCUCCAGGCGUCGUUGUGAGGUCUGAAGGCUAUCUAGUUCAUAGGCUGCAAGCGGCUUUAAACAAGGAGCAAGAAGGCGAAAACGGAGGUUACAGUAUUAACGUUGUCGUAUCUACUUCUGAUCUCCAGGAGAGUCCAAAAAUUGACAGCACAUCUGAUUUUGUUGUGAACGAGGCCAAUUCGCACAUAGAAAAUGAGGAAAUCGCCUUUUUAAACAAUAAUACGACCACAUAUAUAGAAAAAUCAAAGGAAAAAAUAAGUAAAACAGCUCAUUUUAUAAAUACUAAAGAUGAGAUGUCUUUAAACGACAAUAGCCCAGUUGUAGUUUUGGAGAAUGAAACGGAAAGAUUGCCAAAGCCAGCAGAUUCGACAAUUCAGCACAAAAUAGCACAAGAAAAGAUUUUAAGCGUUCCAUCUGAACGGGAUUCAGGUUUAGAUCCAUUUGAAAGCAUAGAUGGUGAUCUGAUUAAAAUUCUAAGCCCUGGCGUAAGUGAGAUUCAAAACGAAAACACUUUUUUUGAUUCUUUUAGUGAUGAUGCUUUAAAAGAACUUUUAUUCGGCUCAGUUAAAUAAUU